AGUGGAUUUUAAUAUGACAUUUUCAAUUAUUUGCCAGAAAAUAUACUUCUUAUAAUAAGCCAUAAAAUUUACUAAUCCGAAAUAUCAUACAAAUGCUCCUUGACUUAAGAUGAGGUUACUGUUAUGUCCUGAUAAAUCCAUCAUAAAUUGAAAAUAUCUUAAGUAAAAACGCUUUUAAUAGCUUAGCCUACCUUACCUUAAACAUACUCAGAACACAUACAUUAGGCUACAGUUGGGCAAAAUCACCUUGCUGCUGCCCAGCAUCAUGAGAAAUUGUCGUACUGCAUAUGGCUAGCCCAGAAAAGGAUCUAAAUUUGAGGUUCUACUGAAUGUACAUGACUUCGGCACCAUGGUAAAGUCAGACCAUGGGAAGUCAGGGCCAUCUGUACCUGGAAACUGAAAACAAAAAACAGCGCAUGAUGGUACGAGCUGCAGUUUUGAAGAUGAAGGAUCCCAAACAAAUUAUCCGGGACAUGGAGAAAUUGGAUGAAAUGGAGUUUAACCCAGUGCAACAGCCACAAUUAAAUGAGAAGGUGCUGAAAGACAAGCGUAAAAAGCUGCGUGAAACCUUUGAACGUAUUCUACGACUCUAUGAAAAAGAGAAUCCAGAUAUUUACAAAGAAUUGAGAAAGCUAGAAGUAGAAUAUGAACAGAAAAGGGCUCAACUUAGCCAAUAUUUUGAUGCUGUGAAGAAUGCUCAGCAUGUGGAAGUGGAUAGUAUCCCUUUGCCGGAUAUGCCUCAUGCUCCUUCCAACAUCUUGAUCCAAGAUAUUCCACUUCCUGGUGCCCAGCCACCCUCCAUCCUUAAGAAGACCUCAGCCUAUGGGCCUCCUACUAGGGCAGUCUCUAUUCUUCCUCUUCUUGGGCAUGGUGUUCCACGUUUGCCCCCUGGUAGAAAGCCUCCUGGUCCGCCCCCUGGUCCACCUCCUCCUCAGGUCUUGCAAAUGUAUGGCCGAAAAGUGGGUUUUGCCCUGGAUCUUCCCCCUCGCCGGCGAGAUGAAGACAUGUUAUAUAGUCCUGAACUUGCUCAAAGGGGUCAUGAUGAUGAUGUUUCCAGCACCAGUGAAGAUGAUGGCUAUCCUGAGGACAUGGAUCAAGAUAAGCAUGAUGACAGUACUGAUGACAGCGACACUGACCGAUCAGAUGGAGAAAGUGAAGGAGAUGAAUUUGUGCACCGAGAUGAUAAUGAAAGAAGUAACAAUGAAGAAAAAAAAUCAGGUCUGAGUGUACGAUUCGCAGAUAUGCCUGGGAAAUCAAGGAAGAAGAAGAAGAACAUUAAGGAGCUGACUCCUCUUCAAGCUAUGAUGCUUCGAAUGGCAGGUCAGGAAAUCCCUGAGGAGGGACGAGAAGUAGAGGAGUUUUCAGAGGAUGAUGAUGAAGGUGAUUCAGACGAUUCUGAAGCAGAAAAGCAGUCACAAAAGCAGCAUAAAGAGGAGUCUCUUUCUGAUGGCACAUCUGCUUCCUCACAGCAGCAAGCUCCCCCACAGUCUGUUCCCCCUUCUCAGAUACAGGCACCUCCCAUGCCAGGACCACCUCCUCUUGGACCACCUCCUGCUCCACCUUUACGGCCACCUGGACCACCUACAGGCCUUCCUCCUGGACCACCUCCAGGAGCUCCUCCAUUCCUGAGACCACCUGGAAUGCCAGGACUCCGAGGGCCUUUACCCCGACUUUUACCUCCAGGGCCACCACCAGGCCGACCCCCUGGCCCUCCUCCGGGUCCACCUCCAGGUCUGCCUCCUGGCCCUCCUCCUCGGGGACCCCCACCAAGGCUACCUCCCCCUGCACCUCCAGGUAUCCCUCCACCUCGUCCUGGCAUGAUGCGCCCACCUUUGGUGCCUCCACUCGGACCUGCCCCACCUGGGCUUUUCCCACCGGCUCCCUUGCCAAACCCAGGAGUUUUAAGUGCUCCACCCAACUUGAUUCAGCGACCCAAGGCGGAUGACACCAGUGCAGCCACCAUUGAGAAGAAAGCCACAGCAACCAUCAGUGCCAAGCCACAAAUCACUAAUCCCAAGGCAGAGAUUACUCGGUUCGUGCCCACCGCACUGAGGGUCCGCCGGGAGAAUAAAGGGGCCACUGCUGCUCCCCAGAGAAAGUCAGAGGAUGAUUCUGCUGUGCCUCUUGCCAAAGCAGCUCCCAAAUCUGGUCCAACUGUUCCUGUCUCAGUACAAACUAAGGAUGAUGUAUAUGAAGCUUUUAUGAAAGAAAUGGAAGGGCUGCUGUGACAACUUUUGAUGCUGGAUCACACUUCUGUUCAUAUCAUUGGUUCGUGGAAAAAGAGGCUCUUAGGAAACUUAGACAAAAGAGCUACUUUUAUUGUCAGGGUAUUUUCUAAUUUCAGUUGAAGGAAUAUCUAGAAGUUUAGUCUUGUUUGGAAUUCACUGCAUACAAGAAAGGGUAUUUCACUCAGGCUAGGUUGGUUACUGAAGCAGUUCUGCUGCAAACGUCCAUUCCCUUUCAUACCACCACCUUCAUCCCAUUUCUUCCCCUCUCCAGUCCUUUGGAACUUGUGAUCUGGGGCAUAUUUGUAUGGAUUCUCUUGUGUGCUGUGGACUCUGGAGUAGAGAUUUUUUGGGGGAGGAAACAGUUUAUUUUACUCCAUCUUGCCUUUUGUGUUUAUUUUUAAUAUUUUCUUGUAAAUAUUUUGUAAUAUUGUAGUGAAAUGGAUCACAACGUCAUUUCCUAAUACAAAGCAAGACAUGUGGGAAGAAAAUGUACAAUUCCUUAAUUAAAAUUAUUUCCCACUGACAUAAACUUUGAGUGUUUCAUGAAAUAAAUGUUCUACCCCAAGA